UUUCUUUCUAUCACAACAGCACAAUGCACAUUCAAGUCAUAUAGGGACAGCGAGUAAUCGAGUACUGGAACUUGGGUAAAGCUGUAAAGGGGAGAGCUUUGAAAAGCUUGAAGCUUUGUGGUUAUGGAUCAUAAACUUGAUGCAGAAGUAAAAAGAUGUUACAAAAGCGAUCUUCCUCCUGCCCACUUCGUGUUCAAGAUAGAGUCUUUCUCUUUACUCUUGGAGGCCGAGGUUGAAAAAUAUGAAACUUCUGUUUUUGAAGUUGGGGGCUACAAAUGGAGCUUGAUAUUCUAUCCAAAUGGCAGCGAGAAUGCUGAUUCAGAUGACUACAUUUCCCUUUAUUUGGUAAUCAAAGAGACAGAAAAGCUUCCUGCUUGCUGGGAGGUUAAUGCCACUUUCAGAUUUUUUGUGUUUGAUCAUAUUCGAGACAAAUACUUGACCAUCGAAGGUUGUAAGGGUUCUAUAAAGCGAUUCAAUGCGGUAAAGACUGAAUGGGGAUUUGCUCAAUUUCUCUCCCUAGAGACUUUGAAGAAUGCAUCUACUGGAUACCUUGUUGGGGAUUCAUGCAUAUUUGGGGCAGAGGUCUUUGUUGUCAAAAGCAGUUGCAAAUUUGAGACUCUUUCCAUGAUUAAGUACACUAGUAACAAUCUCUUGACUUGGAAGAUUAAAGAUUUUUCGAAGUUAGACAGGGAAUAUUAUGAGUCUGAAGUGUUUGAUGUUGAAGGAUCAAAAUGGAGGUUGCAGCUUUAUCCAAAAGGUGAACUGAUUGCCAAGGAUGCAGAAGUAAAAACAAGUUACGAAAGGGAUCUUCCUCCUGCCCACUUCAUGUUCAAGAUAGAGUCUUUCUCUUUACUCUUGGAGGCAGAGCUUGAAAAAUAUGAAACUGAUGUUUUUGAAGUUGGGGGCUACAAAUGGAGCUUGAUAUUCUAUCCAAAUGGUAAUAAGAGUGCCAAUGCAGAUGACCACAUCUCCCUUUAUUUGGUAAUCAAAGAGACAGAAAAGCUUCCUGCUCGCUGGGAGGUUAAUGUCACUUUCAAAUUUUUUGUGUUUGAUCAUAUUCGAGACAAAUACUUGACCAUCGAAGGUUGUAAUGGUUCUACAAAACGAUUCCAUGCGAUAAAGACUGAAUGGGGAUUUGCUCAAUUUCUCUCCCUAGACUCUUUGAAGAAUGCAUCUACUGGAUAUCUUGUUGGGGAUUCAUGCAUAUUUGGGGCAGAGGUCUUUAUUAUCAAAACCAGUUGCAAAUUUGAGUGUCUUUCCAUGAUUAAGCACACUAGUAACAAUCUCAUGACUUGGAAGAUAGAAGGUUUUUCGAAGUUAGACAAGGAAUAUUAUGAGUCUGAAGUGUUCGAUGUUAAAGGAUCAAAAUGGAAGUUGAAGCUUUAUCCAAAAGGUGAUCGGAUUGCCAAGGGCAAAUCCCUUUCCCUCUACCUAUCGUUGAAUGAGACUGAAAGCCUUGCUCGUAGCCAGAGAUUUUUCGUCCGUUACAAAUUGCAAAUAAGGAACCAAAUUCAAGAUUCUGAUCAUGCUGAAAGGAUUGGUAAGGCUUGGUUUUGUCGCUCUGGCGUCGGUUGGGGUUUUAUGGAUUUGAUAUCCUUGCAGGAUCUUGAGAAACCUGUGAAAGGUCUCAUCAUGAAUGAUUGUUUGAUGGUUGAAGCGGAAAUUCUUUACGUAUCUGAAGUGAAGAGUUUAUCUUGAGAUUUCUAUUUGGACUGCUUUUGGUGGCUAAUGUGCUAGAUAUUAUCGAAGAAUAUGCCGUGUCUAUAAAGCGAAGGGUUUUCCUUCACAAGUAUUGGUAAAUUUGGCGGUUGUUUUUAUGGACUCACAAACAAGAGAGUGGGUCAAUUGAACCCACUGAAAUAUUUUUUUUCAUAUAGAUAUAUAGUAAUUUUGAAA